AAAAUGGCAGCAGAUACAGGAAGAUACAGGAGUGCUGUUAACAAAAACAAAGACCCCUCUGGUCUUCUCAUCUCUGUCAUAAGGACUUUGUCCAGCAGUGAUGAUGUGCAGGAUAGAGAGACAGAGAAAGGACGUCUGGAAGAGGCCUUUGAGACAUGUGAUAGGGACUUAGAUCAGCUGAUAGUUCAGCAUUAUGCUGAACUCACCACUGCCAUCAGGACCUACCAGAGCAUCACUGAACGCAUCACCAGCUCCCGCAACACAAUCAAACAGGUGAAGGAGAACCUCUUGUCUUGUAAGAUGCUGCUCCACUGCAAAAGGGACGAGCUGAGGAAGCUGUGGAUAGAAGGCAUCGAGCACAAGCACGUCCUCCAGCUCCUGGAUGAAAUAGAAAGCAUCAAGCAAGUGCCUCAAAAGCUGGAGACCUAUAUGGCAAGCAAGCACUACCUUCAUGCCACCGAUAUGCUGGUAUCAGCUGUAGAGUCUUUAGAAGGCCCCUUGCUGCAAGUGGAGGGUCUUGGUGAUCUACGCCUGGAGCUCCACAGCAAGAAGCUCAACAUCCACCUUGUGCUUAUUGACGAGCUGCACAGACACCUCUACAUCAAGUCCACAAGUCGCCUGGGACACAAGAACAAGGACAAAAAUGCUGCUCGUCUUCCAGGUUCCACAACCAAAGACACAUCUCCGAUGCCUGUGUUAGAUGUCAGCAGCCUAUCCACUCCACGCAAGCUUUUGGAUUCAUCACAGUUCAGCACACCCGGAUCCAGCAGUGUGCAACAAGAUGUGCGAGAGUUGAACCAAUCUGAACUCCCUGAGGUAGAUCCAGAGGAAAACAGUGCUGAGUUCAUGGGUAUUCUUAUCAAGGCUCUGGCCAAGCUGAAGAAAAUACCAGAGACCAUCAAAGCCAUAAUGGAGCGGCUGGAACCUGAGCUGAAACAAAUUGUUAAGAGGUCUACCACUCAAAUUGCAGACCACGCUUACCAGAGAGGAGAGAACCUGGCUCAGGAGAGCCAGCCAAGGCUGCUGUUGGAACUGUUGGAGCUUUUGUUUGACAAGUUCAAGGCAGUGGCCCAGGCUCACAGUGUGGUGUUGGCCCAUCUGCAGAAGAUUGCGGUGCAGUGCUCGGGUGGGGCCCAUGAAGAGGGCAUCAAGCUCUACGAGCAGGCUGACGUCUCUGCCAAGAUCCAGACAGUGCUGCAGGUUCUGCUUAUGGAGUAUCUGGACGUGAAGAACAGUCGCAGCGCCACAGAGCCAUCGGCUCAGCUGUCAUAUGCCAGCACUGGCAGUGAGUUUGCUGCCUUCUUUGCUAAGAAGAAACCUCAGCGUGCCAAGCAGUCACUCUUCAAGUUUGAAUCAUCUUCCCAUGCCAUCAGUAUGAGUGCCUACCUGAGAGAGCAGAGACGAGAACUCUACAGCAAGAGUGGAGAAUUACAAGGUGGUGCUGAUGACAACCUGAUUGAAGGAGGAGAAAUGAAGUUUGUCUGUAAACCAGGAGCGAGGAACAUCACUGUCAUCUUCCAGCCUCUUCUCAGGUUCAUUCAGGAGAUAGAAAUGAACAUGGGGCCAGGCCAAGCCAAGCAGUGCCAACUCCGAGCAUUCCUCACUUAUUACAUCAAUGACCUCUUCCUCAACCAGGUGCGAACAGAGAUCAACAAGGAAAUUGAGGCAGUGAGCAAAGCAGCUGACCCUUUGAAGAUCCUUGCCAGCGCUGAUACCAUGAAGGUUCUGGGUGUCCAGAGACCCCUGCUGCAGAGCACGGUGGUAGUGGAGAAGUCCAUCCAGGAUCUAAUGAGUCUAAUGCAGGACCUGAGUGCCUACUCCAACCAGUUCCUUGAAAUGGUCUGUGACAAACUCAAAGAGUACAAGGAAAUCUGCAACACAGCUUACAGGGGAAUAGUCCAAUGUGAGGAGAAGCUGACCAUCAGUGCUUCCUGGUCCAAAGAUGAGGACAUCAGUCGUUUGCUCCAGUCACUUCCUAAUUGGGCAAAUAUGGCCCAACCCAGACAGACCCGACAGAAGAGAGAGGAUGAAGAGGACUUUACCCGGGCGGCUUUUGCUAAAGAAUCAGAGGUGCUGACUGGGAAUUUAGGAGACAAGUUAAUCCCCCAGAAUGAGAUCCUCCGUGACGUCAGUGACCUGAAGGCUCUCGCCAACCUUCAUGAGAGCAUGGAGUGGCUUGCCUGUCGCCUCAAGACAUUCUUCGCCAAUCUGCCUCAUGCCUCAAACAGCCAGGUGGUUGGUGAGAGUGAGCGGAGCAGAGAGCAGAUUCUCCAGACCCUGAGUGACCUGUCCAGGGGCUUCCAGGACAUUGCUGACCGCUGUCUCCUGGUAUUGCACUUGGAGGUCAGGGUGCAUUGUUUCCAUUACCUGAUCCCCCUGACCAAGCAAGGCAAUUAUGCCAUUGUGGCGAAUGUGGAGAGCAUGGACUACGACCCGCUGGUGGUCAAACUGAACAAGGACAUCUCAGCCAUAGAGGAGGCCAUGGGUGCCGCCCUGCAGCAGCACAAGUUUCAGUACAUCUUUGAAGGUCUGGGUCAUCUUAUCUCCUGCAUUCUGAUCAAUGGGGCCCAGUAUUUUAAGAGGAUCAGUGAGUCUGGCAUCAAGAAGAUGUGCAGAAACAUCUUUGUCCUCCAACAGAACCUCACCAACAUCACCAUGUCCAGGGAGGCCGACCUCGACUUUGCCAGGCAAUAUUACGAGAUGCUGUACAACACUGCAGAUGAGCUGCUGAACCUGGUGGUGGAUCAGGGUGUUCGCUACACGGAGCUGGAGUACAUCAACGCCCUGUCCUUGCUCCAUCGCAGUCAGACAGGCGUGGGGGACCUGAGCACCCAAAACACCCGGCUACAGAGGCUGAAGGAGAUCAUCUGUGAGCAGGCUGCCAUCAAACAGGCUACUAAGGACAAAAAGAUUACCACAGUGUAAUGAUAAAACAGGACAGGGUUCAGAGGGGUUGUAAACAUGUUGACUGGAAUUCCAUGAAAGAUGACAAUGAAAAGGGACAGCAGUUAGUUUUGCAGUCAGAUUACCUCUGUCUUACAUGUUUUUGUUUCAGCUCUUGCAGGAAUAUGUGUAGCAGAUAAGUUGGCGGUGUACACUCUAGUAAGAAAUGAUGAAGCAAAGACUUGCAGAACAGAGGAUAUUUGAGAAAUGGGUUAGAAAACAAAAUACUGUAGAAGCUUGCUCUAUAGACUUAGUUCAUAAUGUGUGUGAAAUCUGUUGAUGAAAAAUGUGUCCUCUCCAUCUCAUCUUGCCUGAUGUGAUGAAAUGUAUUGUAUUUGAGGGCUGACACAGAUAAACUUCCAACUCUGGA